GACUCUGGAAGGAUGAAGUCCUCCCUGAUGCCAAGGGGUCCUCCUGUGAGCCGGGACCGCAUCAUCGCCUGUCUCCCUAAGUGGUACACACCCGAGGCCUGCCUCCAGCUCAAGGAGCACUUCCAUGGGCAGGUCAGCGUGGUCUGCCAGCGUAGGAACACGGGCACUGUUGGGCUCAAACUCUCCAAGGUGGUUGUCCUGGGUGAUCUCUACGUGGGCAAGACCAGCCUCAUUCACAGGUUUUGCAAGAAUGUUUUUGACCGUGACUACAAGGCCACUAUUGGGGUUGACUUUGAAAUUGAGCGCUUUGAGAUCGCUGGGAUUCCCUACAGCCUCCAGAUCUGGGACACUGCUGGACAGGAGAAGUUCAAGUGCAUCGCAUCUGCCUACUACCGGGGUGCCCAAGUGAUCAUCACAGCCUUUGACCUCACCGAUGUACAGACUCUGGAGCAUACCAGGCAAUGGCUGGAGGAUGCACUCAGGGAGAAUGAACCAGGCUCCUGUUUUGUGUUCCUAGUGGGAACCAAGAAGGACCUUCUGUCAGGUGCAGCCUUCGAGCAGAUGGAAGCGGAUGCCGUGCGCCUGGCCAAUGAGAUGCAGGCUGAGUACUGGUCGGUGUCAGCCAAGACAGGGGAGAACGUGAAGGCGUUCUUCAGCCGUGUCGCCGCUCUGGCAUUUGAGCAGUCAGUGCUUCAGGACCUGGAGCGAAGGAGCAGCACCCGGCUCCAGGUCGGCGAUGGAGACCUCAUCCGAGUGGACGAAGGGUCAGCCAAGAGCCCAGAGAGCAGAAGGCCCUCGGGCGCGAGUUGCUGCUAGCCAGGCCUGUGUCGCUUGCCUCCACUCCCUCGUAUCCGAGCAUUGAUUCCUGUGCCUGGACAGGGAUGAUGA